UUUGCGCCCCCAACGAUCGCCCACUGCACAACACUCGGAGACUAACUUUGUGGACGCGGGAACAAGUUCGAAAUUUUGGCAGAGUACUAAAUGCGUUCUGGCGCCCACGUCGACCAUUUUCCGAGAGGUCCGCCAGUCUCUUGCGCAUCUCUCUUUCCAUUUCGUUCUAAACAGAGUUCCGACAAUUAUUGCCGACAACGGGAGUUAGUCUGUAUACCGGCUCAAGACCUCAGCAAGAUGAGUGCAGGAGACUGGUGUUUAAUCGAGAGCGAUCCCGGAGUAUUCUCGGAGCUCAUCCGAGGUUUCGGAGUAACAGGCGUACAAGUCGAAGAAAUUUAUUCGCUAGACGAGGAUUCAUUUGCCGAUUUGAAACCAGUUUAUGGGCUGAUAUUCUUAUUUAAGUACACAGAUAAGGCCGGGCCCUCGAAAGGUCGCGUAGUUCAACGUAAUGAUGUGUUUUUUGCUCGGCAAGUGAUCAACAACGCGUGUGCCACACAGGCCAUUCUUUCCGUACUUAUGAAUCUCAGUGAUCCUGACGUAAGCCUUGGUGACAAUUUGACUCAGCUGAGGGAUUUCACGAGCGAAUUUGAUGCUCAAAUGAAGGGGCUGACGAUUUCAAACUCAGAUGUAGUCCGCAAGGUGCACAACUCCUUCGCAAGACAGCAGAUAGUUGAGUUUGAGCAGAAAGCGGCAAAACAUGACGACGACAUAUACCAUUUCGUAGGCUACAUCCACUUCAAAGGAAAGGUGUUUGAGCUGGAUGGCCUUCAAGAGGGGCCUCUUGAACACUGCGAGGUACCGGUAGGUGAAGACUGGUUGAAGUAUGCAAGGCCGGUCAUUGAGCAACGCAUGGGACAAUAUGCCCAGGGCGAAAUACAUUUUAACUUGAUGGCACUCGUAAAAGAUCGACGAGCGGCGUGCAUUAGGAAAAUCGAAGCGUUGCGGGCAGAAGUUAAACAAGGCAAGAAAACUCAGGAAGAGAUUAACGCGGAACUGAACAAUCAUCUGAUAACCAUCAGAGACGAAGAAGCUAAGAUUCGUCGCUAUAAAGAGGAAAAUAUCCGGCGGCGACAUAACUACCUGCCGCUUAUCAUUGAGCUCCUUGAGAUCCUUGCUGAACAAGGCCGACUUGUCUCAUUAUGUGACAAAGCCAAGGAGAAAGCGCUUGAAAAGGAAAAGCUAAAGGCCGAAAAGAGGAAAGCAACCGAUAUCUCUAAAUAAAAAAAAAGCUGUAAUGACAACACUAUAGAUAUUGGACCCGUAUAUCAACGGAGUAAGAUUCAUUCAAGCUCAGAUUUAUAGCGAAAACUAGUUUAAAUGACCUGUUACGUAUGAGAAGACGAGAUCAGAUUGCUUAGGCGUUCCCGACACCGAAACAAGCAACAAAAAAAAACCAACAAAGAUGAUUAUCACUCUGUACUAUAAAGCGUGACGUGUAUGUUCUGAGAUGAAUGUAAAUUGAUGUAUUUUGUUAUCUAUAUAUUUGCAUGUAUACAUAUAAAUGAAUAUAGAGAUGACAGAUACCUGGACGUAUACCAGUGGUCGAAUGUUCUGCGUUCCAGACAUCGUGAGCUGGUGAGCAAUGAUAGAAUGGGAUCAUAUGCUAAAAAACUUCAAACAAAUAAAACUUAAUCAUGUACUAAGACAGUGAGACUCGGCGAGUGAUGGAAUGAAGCUUCGUUUACCAGUGAGACUAAAUGAAUAGAAAUAAACGAUAUUGGUAAGCAUGUAAAACUGCGAAAGCUG